AUGUUCAAGGGAUUCUAUGUCCUUAACAGGGAAAGCUGUCUGGAUAUCAAUGCUUCUGUAAAGGGGGCUCGCUUUGUUCGGUUCUGUGAUGCUUUCAAUAUCCCAAUUGUGAUGUUCGUAUAUGUACCGGGAAUUUUACCAGGAACUAACCAGGAGUAUGGAGGAAUUAUCCGACAUGGAGCCAAGCUUCUGUUUGCUUAUGCUGAAGCUACUGUACCUAAAAUCACAGUCAUCACGCGUAAGGCGUACGGUGGGGCCUUUGAUGUAAUGAGUUCUAAACACCUGAGAGGAGACACAAACUAUGCUUGGCCCACAGCAGAGGUCGCUGUCAUGGGAGCAAAGGUAAAUUAUCAGUCUAAAGCCUGA